AUGAGCUCCUUGCGGGAGCCCUCGCGGCGGGGCACCAAUGCCCUGACCACAUCAUCAUCAGUACGAUCCGGCGCUGUCGGUCGCGCCGGAGUCCGCCAGACCAAACGCGUCUCUACCACUUCAAGACUCCAAUCACAUCUGCCACCGGCCUCGAGGCCGGCAUCACGACUAGAACGAACCGGUGCUGUCUCUCCAGUCGAGUCCCUCGCCUCUGUGGCCACGUCUGCGACCGCCGGCACCAAGCGCAAGGAACGCGAUUUCGAGUCCGACCCCAGCGAGGAGACGAACAUCAACGUUGUUGUCCGCUGCAGAGGUCGCAAUGACCGUGAAGUCCGCGAAAACAGUGGCGUUGUGGUGCUGACCGAGGGGGUCAAGGGAAAGAAUGUUGAGCUUUCUAUGGGACCCAAUGCUUUGAGCAACAAGACCUACAACUUUGAUCGUGUCUUUUCCCCGGCGGCUGACCAGGGGAUGGUUUUUGAUGAGGUCGUCAAGCCCAUCCUGGACGAGGUAGGCUCUCAUCGUGACACGUGCGUGAUAAUGAAGACUGCUGACACGGCUCAGAUGCUCACUGGCUAUAAUUGCACCAUCUUUGCAUACGGACAGACCGGCACGGGGAAGACGUACACAAUGUCUGGCGACAUGAGCGAGUCGCUCGGAUAUCUGUCAGAGGCUGCCGGGAUAAUUCCCCGGGUCCUCCAGUCAUUAUUCCACAGCUUGGACUCGGAAGAAACUGAGAGCACUGUCAAGUGCUCGUUCAUCGAGCUGUACAACGAAGAGCUGCGCGACCUUCUCUCACCGGAUGAGAGUGCCAAACUGAAGAUCUUCGAGGACAACUCGAAGAAGGGUCAUGCAACUACGGUAGUCCAGGGUAUGGAAGAACGCCAUAUCGCCAGUGCCGGUGAAGGUAUCAAGCGCCUCCAAGAAGGAAGUGUCCGCCGCCAGGUUGCUGCCACCAAAUGCAACGACCUCAGUAGCCGAAGUCACACUGUUUUCACCAUUACCGUGCAUACCAAGCGAACGGGCGAGGACGGGAAGGAGUACCUUUGCUCCGGGAAGCUGAACCUCGUCGAUCUGGCUGGAAGUGAAAAUAUUCAACGCUCUGGAGCAGAGAACAAGCGUGCAGCCGAAGCCGGCCUCAUCAACAAGAGUCUUUUGACUCUUGGCCGUGUCAUCAACGCACUGGUCGAUCGGAGCUCCCAUAUUCCUUACAGGGAGUCAAAGCUCACACGACUCCUACAAGACUCUCUUGGAGGACGGACAAAGACUUGCAUCAUUGCUACUGUGUCUCCAGCCAAGAGUAAUCUCGAGGAGACCAUCUCCACCCUCGACUAUGCAUUCCGCGCCAAGAAUAUUCGAAACAAGCCGCAGAUGAACCAGCUCAUCGACAAGAAGACGCUUUUGAGGGAGUUCACGGCCGAGAUCGAGAAGCUCAAGAGCGAGCUGAUCGCUACCAGGCAAAGGAACGGUGUCUACCUGACGAACGAGGCAUACGAGGAGAUGUCCGUCCAAAGCGAGUCUCGUCGGAUCCUUGCCGACGAACAGGCCGCCAAGCUCAGUAUGCUCGAGAACAACCUGCGAAACAAGGUCCAAGAGCUAUUUGAUCUCACUUCUAGCUUUAUGGGACUCAAAAAAGAUCACGAAGGGACGCAAGCGCAGCUCGAGGAGACCAAGGAAGUGCUAGACCAGACGGAGCUUGUCCUCAACGCCACGAGGAAGACUCUCGCAGAGGAGACGCAUCUGCGCAAAGCGCACCAGGACACUGAAGAGAAGCUCAGUAGCCUGGGCGGCGAGCUCCUUGAUACGCUGAAGACGACAGUAGACCACGUUGGUGGCCUGCAUGCAAAGAACAAGAGAAAGUCGGAUCUCCAAAAUCUCAAUCGAAGCACAUGGGCAGUAUCGCAGUCACAGGUGUCUGAGGUUACACAGCUUGUGGAAGGACGCAUCGAAGCGCUGCGUAAGACACAAGAUGUACACAUUUCCACUAUCUCGCACAAGAUGAAGUCGUUUGUCGAGGAAGAAGUGCAGAAGCUGUCCUCGACGCAAGAGUUCCUGGAUCAAAACCUGACCCAAUUCGCCGACUCUAAGAGGGACCUGCUGGAGCAGCAAGCCAAGUCCAAGGAGGAGAUGGAUGAGGUCCUCGAGGAGAUCAAGGUCGUCCGGGAUCAUAUCAAGGACCGCGUUGGCGACAGCCUACAGGCCAUUGCUUCAGCCGCAGAGAGGAUAGCGGAGGACGUCCUCAUUGAGCUCAACACCUUCCACAACCAACUUCACUCGUCGUACAGUUCGCUCGGGAAGGACUUCAAGUCGAUCUUUGAGGAUAUGCUCAAGCAUAUUUCCUCGCAACGAGGGGAGGCCAACAGUCUGCGAAAGCGAAUCGUGGAGGCAGGGGAACAGGCAGUCCUUGCUAAUGCAUCUGCCUCCGCUCAGAUAGAGCAGGUAAUCCGGGAAGAGAGGCAGCAGGCCGCUGAGGAUCGCACGAAACUCCUCACUCGGAUCACUGCAAUGAUCAACGCGCAAGCAGAGGCGCAGGACGAACGACUAACUUCUAAAGCCAACUUCAUCAAAGACAGCAUGGCCGAGUCUGGCAAGAUUCUCGACACUGGCGUGGUCAACUACGCGUCGGGCAUGGAUACCUGGGAUGCCCAGGAGCAGCAGUUUGUUGAGAGCGCUACUCGUUCUCGCGACGCCAUCAAGUCCAAGCUCAAGGACGACUGGACGACGGCAAAUGACCACAGCAAAUCCAUCCAAGAGGCGACCAAGUCUGUUCAUGCCGAGACGAUUCGCGUGGUGGACGAGCAGCUGAAGGAUUUGGAUGUGCAAAUGAGGGAUCUGGACGAUUUCGUCACUCGCGCACGCUCUGAGAAUGCUAGCCAUCACGAUCAACAGAUCUCUGCAGUGCAGUCUCUCUCCACAACCGUCGAGACCUCUCUAUCCAAUAUCUCCGACCACUUCACCACGACCUUUGACCGCGUCAAGGAUCUUGGUGCGGACAUGGACACUGAGACCGAGGGGCUCCGACAGCAGCUUGAGCCGGUUUCGCAGGAGCUCUGCCAGCCACUCAGCACGCUUCGCGAGGACAUCACCGGCACGGCGCUGCACGAGUACGAGCCCACGGGCGAUACUCCAGAGAAGAGGCAGUACCGGUACCCGGGCGAGCUGCCCAAGACGGAGCCGCACGAGGUCCUCAUCGCCCGCCUGGAAGGCGCGCCGACGCCCAGCAAGCCGCCUGCGGCGACGACGGCGGUCUUCAGCGACUUUGACGGGUCGGAGCGGGCCAGGUCACCCUCGAGGCCGGCCUCGUCGUCGGGCGCCAGCGACACGGUCAAGAUACCGCUGGGCAUGAGCCUGCGCGAGGUGAACCCCAACCUGACGACGGGGUCCAUCAUGUUUGACCCGUCGGCGAGCGUCAUGUCGCUGCAGGGCAACGACAACACGAUGCCGCUGUUCCGGCGUAGCACGCGGCUGCCGCAGAAGCACGUCAAGGCGGCCAAGGGCGGCGCCGUCGUCACGAUGGAGGGCCGCGAGAACGUGCCGCCGUCGUCGUUCUCGCAGAGCACUUCGAGGAGGAAGAGCCCGCGUCUUCACUGA